AGAGGGUGAUUCAUUUUCAUCUUCCCCAAACCCUCAAAAAUUGGGGGAGAAAACAAAGGAAAUGCCCGUUCCCAAAUCCGUCUCCUCAUUUCUGUCCCGCCAUUUCUGCACCAAGCCCAAGCUUCCAAGCUUCUCCAACAUCCCUUCCAAGUACAGGCCACACUCCAUCAAAGAAGCUCAGAAGGCGCUCAUCGAUUAUCUCCACACUACCAGAUCCUUGCCCUACACCUUCGCCGAGCACAUUGCCAAGAAUUCCCUCUUCUCCCUCUCCAAUCUCACCCAAAACAUCCACUUCUCCGCCCCCAAAUUCUCCCGGAGAUUCAGGAAAUUCCUCAGGUACCAUCCCAUCAACGAAUUCGAGUUCUUAUUCGAGAGUAUUGGGCUGAAUUACGAUGAAAUCGCCGCGUUUUUGCCGCCGAAUAAGUUCUUUUUCUACGAGGAUCGGAGCGUCUUGGAUGCUGCUUGUGCGCUCUCCGGAUUUGGAUUUCCGUGGAAUAUGCUCGGGAAGUUGUAUAAGGAGGAGGCAUCAAUUUUUCGUAAAACUUCGUCCGAGUUGAAUUCUACGCUCGACGAAUUUAAACGCUAUGGAUUUAAUUCCGUCUCCAUAAUCUGUAUCUGUUUGGCUUUUCCUCAUGUGUUAGCUGGUGGGAUUGUUGCAGGAUUGCUCGAGGGUCUGAAGAGCGAUUUCUCUGAAUUUUGUAUGGUGGAGUCUGAAGGAGAUUUUGGUUCCUGUUAUGAAAUCUGUAAGAAAUUUCGAUUGUUUUACAAUUUGGGUCUUGAGAAAGGUAAAGUAGGGGCUCUAAUGAGCAAGAAGAAGAGUAUAUUUCUUGAAUUUCCUGAAGAAAUUUUGGCCCAAAAGGCAGAUUACUUUUGUAGAUUUGAUGUGAAGAAACAGGAUGUAGGGUUGUUGCUUGUUCAUAGUCCUGAGAUUUUGAAUCUUGAUCUGAACUCACCAAUGAUUUCAGUGGUGGGUCUGUUGAAACAUGUAGGAUUAGGCACUGAUGAACUGAAUCAUGUUGUAGAUAAGUUUUCUCAUGUCUUAGGUAGAAAUCAAAUGACUAAUUUGCCUAAUAUUAUGAGAGCUUUGGAUCUGCACAAAUGGUUUUUCUAUGAGAUAAUGAAUGAUUAUGAAUUGUUGGCCACCUAUUGCUUGAAUUCUCCAGAUGAAGAUGUCGAUGAAGGUUUCGGUUUAAGCUUGGAGACAAUCCGGUUGUCUAGAACACCUACUCACACAAUGAAUAAGUUAAAAUUUCUUCAUGGAAUUGGGUAUGGAGAGAAUUCUGUAACCAUAGGGGUCUUGUCUAGGCUGCACGGUACCGACCGGGAGCUACAAGAGCGGUUCGAUUGCCUUCUUCGAAUGGGCAUUGAGUUCUCGAAGCUAUGUUCGAUGAUACAAAUUGCUCCUAAGAUUCUAAACCAGAAGCCAGAUAUUCUUGAACAGAAAGUGGAGUUUCUUUGCAGGCAAAUUGGAUCGUCGUUGGAAUACCUUGACGUUUUCCCGGCGUUUUUGUGUUUCGAUUUGGAGAAGCGUAUGAAGCCGAGAUACAGGUUUCACAUGUGGCUUAGAAAGAAGGGGUUGUGCUCUAGAGAUUACUCCAUUGCUAGCAUAAUGGCUACCAGUGAAAAGAAGUUUGUAGCACGUAUUUUUGGCAUUCACCCAGCUGCACCAAAGCAUUGGUUUGAGACUUUUUCAUACACAACAUCUGCUCACAAUUGACCAUUGGUCUAUCA